CCGACACUAACUUUUUGCGCAAUCCUCAAGAGUGCACAAUACACUGCCUGAAAUCCUAACCGCAAGUCUUAAUCUUCUACGCUGCAGCGGGGAGAUUUGAACAGCCACCGUCGGGCCUUGGUGAACGUCUCCUCACUCCCAGCUGUCUCGCAUAUUGUUCUGCACUCGCCUCCGUAGAGCUGCCAAGGACCACCUACCCGCAACGUCCCCACGAAUUGCAUCGAGCAGACUGAACCGUUUCGCAGCUCAUCUGCCGCUACGGUAUCGACGCGAUCGCAUCCCGGCAGUACCCCAAGGUGCUUCGAAACAACUCAAGCCGAAUCCCACCAAGAAACAUGGCCCGAGUGCUGGGCCUCGGCGACCUGAGCAGCGCUCCCUGCAACUUGCCUCGUCCCGUUACCAUUCUUGACCUUCCACCCGACGUCCUCCUCAUUAUCUUUCGUUAUGUCUCGAAGGAUAUAGGGCUCCCGGGAGAAUGGGAUGACUACCAACUGGCCCUCAACAUCACAGACCCCUCACCAUAUCCGAACCGUGAUCGGUACCUUGAACACCCCUUCCCAGAGAGCCUUGCCUCUAUCCGUCCCCUUUGGCGAGACGUCAUGUCAAAUAUAUCCAUAUUUUGGACGCAACUUGUCAUUCGGAUUGGAAGGGACCCUACUCCGCUUUCCAGAAUUCGUCAGUACCUCUCGUGGUCACAGAAACAUCCCCUUGAUAUCUACGUCCUGCGGAGAGUCGACCCAUUACUGAAGGAUCAGAACGAGAAGGCCCAACUCGAAAGUGUAUUCGACCUGCUCUUACCUCAUGUCGGGCGGUGGAGGAUCUUGCGUGUGUGUUCUCUGUGCUCCAGCUCGCUCCCACUUCCUCGCGUCCAGCUCGUUGGCCGGGCGCACAAGCUGGAGGCACUCAUCCUGGAGUUUAUUGUCGAUGACCUCGUCGGCAGCACCGGGACGACCUUGCAUCUAGGAGAUGAGUUUGAGACCCCUGUUCUGAAGAAAAUCUCCAUGGGUGGAGUCCACUUCCGCAAAUCGUAUGUGGACCCUUUCCCGCAGUUGGCCAUGCCACCUCAGCUCUAUUCCCUCGCCAUCACCGGCUACCACUCGCAAAACGAAGCCUUCGCACUCGUUGAUCUGCUCGCAUGCCUUGAGAGCUGCAAGGAAUUGGCGUCUCUCGAGCUCGACAACCUCAACCUCAACGGCUUCGACGUUGGGCCACCCAUCAUUGAGGCUCCGAGAAUGCCCCGUUGGGGCGUCAGCUUCACCGACAUGGGCGGUGAUGUGAUCGCUGAGUAUGGCAGGCUUCUGAACCAUCCUUUCAUCGACUGUGUGUCGUACACGCGAUGUGGGCUGACCACUCCGCUGGACGCAAAGCUCUUACACGCUCGCCGGGUCAUUAUGGAGGAGAUCCACAGCCCAGCAGCGCUCUUCGAAUCCCUCGCAGCCUCGCUAAGUAGCACAGUACUUGGCGAGGUAGAGUUCACCAAUUGCGGUGGCCUGACUACAGAUGUGCUGCGGGUGCUCACGGAUCCUACUAUGCCUGAUCCCGAGGCGGAGGCAGACGACGAGGGGCCCGGCGGUAUCUGGAUCUGUCCGACUUUGGAGGAGCUCAUGAUCAUUGAGUGCACGCAGUUUCGGAGCACCGAUGUGCGCGCAUUCGUCGAGGCGCGUCGCAGAGCACACGAAGGCACGGGAUUUGUGGAUGAAGAUGACCCGGGGUUCGUUGUGACGUCGGUGAACCACCUCUACGUGCGCGGGUGCUGCGAGCUCGUCCCCGAAGAUCGGGAGUGGUUGCAUGCAAACGUCCCAUACUUCCAGUGGGAUGAUUUCCGUGGGGGUUACGAAUGGCGACCUUUGAGUGAAAACCUCUUGCCUUUGGGUGUUGGUGUGUAAAUACCAUGUUCUGCGUGAUCCUCAUAAAGAGUAGAUACGUAGAGAUAGGACAGUAUGUACACUGGCACACAACCAAGUCUGCCUUGGUCGUGUAUGCCACUUGACCUCUCCGGUGCAAACUCGGCAUAAACCAUGUCUCGUAGUGACGCGUCACUUUCCAUUUACCUUACUGCCAUGAGCGAAACUGUGUGGACAUGAGACGUAAGGCAUGAAUGCAUGAAGCAUGAAGCCAUGGUCGAGAUUUGUUUCGACAGAUUUAGUACCGCUGUACAACAUGG